AUGGAAGGUAUCAAAGUGGAGCUCCUGAUCGGCACCCGCAACUCCAAGCUCGCCCUCGUACAAGCAGAGCGCGUCUCCAAGGCACUCAGCAAGAAAGACGUCUCGGUCCGCGGUGAUGUCGACAAGACAAGCCCCUUCCUCAAAUUCGGCGGACCGUCUGACGCAGCGACGAACAUCUGGACCGAGGAGAUGGAGGCAAAAUUGUCUUCGGGCGAGUUGGAUCUGCUAGUGCACUGUUUGAAGAAUAUGCCCACUAAUUUGCCUGAGGCAUGUGUUAUUGGUGCUAUUAUUCAUCGAGAAGAUCUGACGGAUGCGCUGGUUGUUAAGGAUGGUCUUCCUUAUACCGAUCUCGCUGGAUUGCCGGCUGGGUCGGUGGUAGGUACCAGUUCGACGAGGCGGAAGGCGCUGUUGAAGUACAAGUAUCCUCAUUUGGUUAUUCGAGAGUGCCGUGGGAAUCUUGAAACACGACUACGCAAACUAGACGUUCCAGAAGGUCCCUUCUCGGCAAUCAUCGUCGCAACAGCCGGUCUCAACCGCAUCGAUCUAUCUCACCGUAUCACCAAGAGUCUCUCAGCUUCCGAAUCCCCCUAUGCAGUCGGCCAAGGUGCGCUGGGUAUCGAAAUCCGUGCAAAUGAACCGUCAACCCUCAGCGUCAUUCGAAAGAUCGAAGAGCUACCCACUCGCUGGAUCUCUCUGGCCGAACGAUCUCUGCUGCACAAUAUCAUCCAUCGACAUGGCUCGAGCCAGGUAUCCUCUGUCGCUGUAUCGGAUGUGGCAGGUGACGGCGACGCCGAAUCGCUCGGCGCUAUGCUUGCGAAGCAAUUGGAGGAGAAUGGGGGGAGAGCCUUGUUAGAUGAGAUUAGGACUCUUCAGCAGAAUGAACUGCGGAUGUCGAGGUGA